UUAGCAGCACAACACAUUAACACUCCCUCCUUGUCCUUGUGUAUAUAUAAAGCGAAUUUCAUAUUCUUUUUGAACUUGUUCAAAAGGACCUUCCUCAUGGAACCCACCUCUUCCUCCUUGUAAAAUUCAAAGCUGUUCAGUUUUCUCUUUCUGUUUGUUUUUUCUUUUAAAGUGGUUUCCGAUUCUUCUUAAAAUAAGACACAUGGCUGCAAUUCUUAAGCAAGAAGUUGAAGAAGAUGAAGACGCCAGAGCGGUUGAUCUCGGCAUCAACGGCGGUGGAUACGCAGUUGCAGCGUCGAAGAAUCCCAAAGAAGAGCCCGACACAGAGACAGCUAUAGGCGUGAUGCCCAUGGAGGUGCACGUGCCGUCAGCUAUUCCCAUGCCGUUAUUGCCGGCACCACCCGCCCCGCCAAAACGAGCGUCCACCAAGGAUCGUCACACGAAAGUCGAGGGACGUGGUCGGAGGAUCCGAAUGCCUGCCACUUGUGCGGCUCGGAUCUUUCAGCUAACCCGAGAAUUAGGUCACAAGUCGGAUGGAGAAACUAUCCGCUGGUUAUUAGAGCACGCGGAACCAGCGAUAAUAGCGGCAACAGGAACCGGCACCGUCCCCGCCAUCGCUAUGUCGGUUAAUGGGACCCUUAAAAUUCCAACUACCUCCAACGCUAACCCUGAACCCCGUGACCCAAGCAAAAAGAAGCGCAAACGACCCGCUAAUAGCGAGUACGUUGAUAUAAACGACACCAUGUCGGUUUCAUCUGGUUUGGCCCCUGUAAUUACUUCUCAACAACAACUGCAGCAACAACAACAAGCUGUUUUGCCGCAAGGGUUGGUUCCAGUUUGGGCUAUACCUUCAAACGCUGUCGUUUCAGGGGCUUUUUUCAUGGUUCCAUCUAUGUCAUCCAUGGCUGGGCCUUCCACCCAGCCUCAUAUAUUGACAUUUCCAGCCACCGCUACACCGUUAAUUAACAUUUCGGCUAGGCCGAUAUCGUCGUUUGUAUCUACCAUACAACAUGGUGCAGGUUUAGCAGCAGCAACGCCUGGUCAAAUUCAAAGUAACGUAGCAGUUGCGAGUUCUACUCUUCCGGUUUCAAAGACGGUUAAAACGACGUCGGUUAUGGCACCGAGUUCGAGUUCUGCCGCUACUACUACGACAACGACUCAGAUGCUGAGAGACUUCUCGUUGGAGAUUUACGACAAACAAGAGCUUCAAUUCAUGACUCGAUCUUCAAAGCAUUGAUUGAGAAACAUAGUAAGAGUAAAAAAGAAGUUUUUAUUACUAUGUUUGGGCUCAUGCACUUUCAUUGGUGUUGGUCCAUCCGCCAUGUACGAGCAAAAGCAAAGCUAAAGGGGUCUCUCACCCAACCCAAGCGUAUAAGGGGUAGAGCACGUGCUCACGUGACGGGAGUUUUAAAGGCGUGCACGUGUAUGUGGGGUCGGAUUAUGCGGAGGUAGGGUCCACAUUUGUGGUGGGUCAACACUCAACUAAAUAGCAGAAGGAGAGGGCACUCCGUGGACUGUGCAAUGCAAAGAGUGGGAUUUUUCUUUUUAUUUUUUUGAAUCUUUUUUUAAAAGAGGGGCCAUGGGCCAGCUCAUCCCUCUGUCAUGUGAUGUGGGACGCGGGACCCAAUGGGGUGGAGAAAAGUGGACCGCACGGGACCUUUUUGCAUUGUUCCCAAUAUAGCCGCGUAGUGGUCCCGACGGGUUGGUUCGGUGGUCCGACCGAGACAUGUGGGCCAAAAGCUUAGUCAGUCUGGCUUUGACACGUGUCGGUAUUAGCCUUGCUAUUACGGAGCUUCUUUUUACUCAUGACACGUGGAAACUUUUUGGUAGGGUCUACGAGAUGACUGAAAAAUGAAUAAAUAAUGAUGAUGAACGAAAUUGAUUCUGGCAUCAGAUGCUCUUCUCUUAUUAGAAAUUUCUAUUUAUUUCUUUUUACUAGUAUUAGUUUUAAAUGAUCUGAAAUUUACUUUCAAUUAUAAUAUAUAUAUAAGUUUUGUACUUGAAGCAUAUUACUAGAGCAAGUUAAAGGGAAAAGGUUGAGUUGAUUGUUGAAUGUAGGUAUUUAUGGUGGAUGAAUGGGUAAGGGUAUCAUUUGCUAUUAUUAUUAUAUAGUUGUGGAUGGCAAGUGACAUGUGCUCAUCUCAUAUUUGUAUUCUCGACAACCAAAAUUUUCUGAUGUAAUUAAUUAUGCCCAUUCCCAUCAAAAUCGUUGCCGCAUUAGUCAGAAGAGAAAGAAAUAAUAAUAAAAAAAAAGUAGAAAAAAAGAUGAGAUUCCCUUGCAU